CACACCACUGACGCAGGCAUGUAAAAACUUUGAUUAACAAACAGCUUUGCUUUCUAUCGUCUCGGGUGACUGAUUAGCUUCGGCUUUGGGAGUAGCUGGUUUCUGUGCGGCUCCACUGCGUGACGUUUCUCUUUGACACACUGACCUACUUUGCAAGUUAAAUGUGCGCUAAACCGCCCGCCCUCUUCGGUGCUACGCUCUGGGACGGCGAAUUGUGUAAACCCCUCGACGGCUAUUUAUGUUAUGUAGGGACAAAAAAUAUUUUACAGUACAGUUCUAAGAACCAUAUCGAAGACACAUUGGCUGUUGGUGUGAUAAAUGCUGAUCAGGGUAGACCCAAUGUAGUUCUGGCAAAUCCAUGUUUUUCCUUACUCACGUGCCACUAGAAUCCCCCGCCCUCCCUUUCCCGCGUCAGUUAUGUCUACCAAGCUGUUGAAUACUGGAGUCUUACUGUAGUAGGGCUUAUCAUUGGACACGGCUGUACAGUAUUUGUGCGCUAACAUUCGGGAAAGAACGACUGCAAAAUCGACUCUUGGGCACUGGAUUAUAUGAGUAAACAAACAAUUUAUAAUAAGUCCUUACUAUUGGAAGGGAAAUGUAUCUGACGUUUGCCAAGAGAAGCUAAAAACCAAGAUGAAGAGGGGAAGAGUAAACAUCACAUCAAAAUGCCAAGGCUUUGCCAGCACCGACGGGCGCAUUAAAAGACAUAAACCAAGGCCCCUUGGACUGUCUUUGUCACAGAGACUAGUGAAGGACUGGGGAAACUUGCCACACCAUGUGGUCUUGCAAAUUUUUCAGUAUCUGUCCCUGGUGGACCGGGCAAAAGCUUCAUCAGUGUGUCGUCGCUGGAAUGAAGUCUUUCAUAUUCCGGAUCUGUGGCGGCGCUUUGAAUUUGAGCUGAACCAGCCGGCCACCUCGUACCUGAAGUCCACACACCCUGAUCUCAUCCAGCAGAUAAUCAAGAGACACGCUCAACACUUGCAGUAUGUCAGUUUCAAGGUUGACAGCUGUACAGAGUCCGCAGAGGCAGCGUGUAAUAUAUUGUCCCAGCUGGUGAACUGCACCAUAAAGACACUGGGUCUCAUUUCAACAGCUCGACCCAGCUUCAUGCAUGUGUCACAGUCCCACUUCGCGUCGGCACUGACAGUGGUGUUUGUGAACUCCAAGUCACUGUCUUCCAUUAAAAUCGACGACACGCCUGUGGAUGACCCCUCGCUGAAGGUCCUGGUGGCGAACAACAGUGACACGCUGAAACUGCUGAAGAUGAGCAGUUGUCCCCACGUCUCCCCAGCUGGAAUCCUGUGCGUGGCCGACCAGUGCCACGGCCUGCGGGAACUUGCCCUCAACUACCACCUGCUGAGCGACGAGCUGCUGCUGGCGCUCUCCUCGGAGAAGCACGUGCACCUUGAGCACCUGCGCAUCGACGUGGUGAGCGAGAGCCCGGGCCAGACGCACUUCCACAGCAUCAAGCGCACCAGCUGGGAGGCGCUGGUCCGUCACUCGCCCAAGGUCAACAUCGUCAUGUACUUCUACUUGGAGGCGGAGGAGUUCGAGCCCUUCUUCUGCGAGGAGACGCCCGUCACGCACCUCUACUUCGGCCGCGCCGUCAGCAAGGCGAUGCUGGGCCGCGUCGGCCUCAACUGCCCGCGCCUGGUGGAGUUGGUGGUGUGCGCCAACGGGCUGCAGCCGCUGGACGAGGAGCUGAUCCGUAUCGGCGAGCGCUGCAAAGACCUGACGGCCAUCGGCCUGGGCGAGUGCGAGGUCACCUGCCGUGGCUUCGUGGAGUUUGUGAAAAAGUGCGGUAAGCGGCUCACCCAGCUGUCAAUCAUGGAGGAGGUGCUCAUCCCCGACAACAGCUACAACAUGGAGCAGAUCCACACGGAGGUGUCCAAGCACCUGGGCCGCCUGUGGUUCCCCGACAUGAUGCCCACGUGGUAACGGUUACCCCUCGUGCUAAGGGUGACCCCUCUGACACAUACACCUACUUAACCCCCCCCCCCAAAACCCAUAAUUAAACCUGUAGGACAUAGGAUAUGACUUUGCUGUUCUGGAACUCUUCUGUGAGAUCUCUUCAUUUGUUUGAAGAAAUCUGGAGAGAUGAUUUAGUUUCUCUUCAUGUUGGCCCCCCACUGUGUUCCAGUGUGUCUUGUGUGCCAUUAAAAACCUGACAAAGGUCUUAAUUAUUAUUUGGGUUGUGUGUCUGUGAGACUGGUGCUGCAGAACACAGAUGGAAGAGGAGGUUUUGUGGAUAUAAUAUCCAAGGAUAUUUGAUGGUCGGUAAUGUUGGUUAUAUGUAAUAACCUUUUUUCUGCCUGAUUAGAUGAAAUUAGGUUCUUUAUUUUCCGUCUUUUUUCCUAGCUAUAAUUAUAAAUGGAUAUGUAUAUGUCUACUAUUUAAUUACACAAUUCACUGUGUGAAAUUAUUGGUGCAGCAAUCUAUCAAGUGGAUUAUAUCUUUCUAAAACUCGUACUUAUUUAUGUACAUGUUUGUUUGAUGAAUAACAUUUGAUAUUCUUGUUAAAACUCUUUUACAACAGACUUUUAAAUCUUGAGGUGUUAGUGAAUAAAUCUACUGUAUAUUUACAGUUUAGACCCAAUGUGUAUCAUUUAUAAAAAUGCCAUAGAGAUUUUUAUUGCAGUCACGUUAAGCAGAUGCAUUCUUCAUGGAAGUGUAGUCCUCUACCUAGUGCACUGUUUUAUAUGAAACUGUUGCUGCCCGAGGAUUCUGUAUCUCUCUUUAGCAGGCUCAGUAUGUCAAAGGGAUUCUUUUAUUUUCUCCAUUGAAAAGAGGAGUCAGUUUUUAAUAUUAAGGGGACGCUGUCUCUUUAAGUUGUUUUACCACAUGUUGUGUUUGCCUUUUGUGCGAAUGUGUUUUUUGUUUGGUUGUGCCAUGGUCACAGAAUGAGACUUUUUAAAACAUUUAUUUACUAGGGCUUCCUCUCCUUACAAAUAAGAAAAUACAUUUCUGACAUGGAUGUUAUUGGCUAGUUAGUAAAAGAUCAUAUCUAAGACUCUGUGAAAAAUAAAAUUGUACUUUUGACACU